UAUAGAAAGCCGACUUUUGGCAACCUGCCGCCAAUAACUAAACCUUCAUCCCAUCUCUAUAAAUUUCUUCCUAUUUCUUAUCUGUAACUCUUAAAACUCUUCCUCUCACUCUCUCUCUAUAUAUAUUAUUUAUAGAUAUAUAGAUUUUUAACAAGUGUUAUUUAGUGUGGUUAUUUGAAAAUGCCUAGUGAAGUUAUGUCUAAAGAAACCUUCCAAGGGAUUCAUGUCCAAGAAACAGAAACCAACCCUAUCUUCUAUAGAAGGUUGGAGGGAAAGAUUGCAAUUGUCACCGGUGGUGCCGGAGGGAUUGGUGCAGCCACCGUGAGGUUGUUUGCCAAACAUGGUGCCAAAGUAGUCAUAGCUGAUAUCAACGAUGAAACCGGACUCGCACUUGCUAGUACGCUGUCUCCUUUAGCCACAUAUGUUUCUUGCGACGUUAGCUUGGAAGCGGAAGUCCAAACCCUAAUUGACUCGACCAUGUCUCGUUAUGGUCGAGUCGAUAUCUUGUUCAACAAUGCUGGAGUGCUUGGAAACCAGUCCAAGCACAAAAGCAUUGUUGAUUUUAGUGUAGAUGAGUUUGAUAAAGUAAUGAGUGUGAAUGUCAGAGGAGUCGCCUUAGGGAUGAAACAUGCUGCUAGGGUUAUGAUUCCGAAAAAGAUGGGAUGCAUCAUUUCAACUGCUAGUGUAGCAAGCGUCAUGGGUGGGAUGGGCCCACAGGCAUACACGGCCUCCAAGCACGCAAUCGUCGGGCUUACAAAGAAUGCAGCUUGUGAGUUGGGAAAACAUGGGAUUAGGGUCAAUUGUAUUUCUCCUUUUGGGGUAGCGACAUCUAUGCUUGUGAAUGCGUGGCGAAACGAAGAUGAGGAUAAAAGUUUUAGAGCACCAAACGAGAAAGAGAUUGAAAAAAUGGAGAACUUUGUGAAUAGCUUAGGGAACUUGAAGGGUACUACCCUAAAAGCUAAGGACAUAGCGGAAGCAGCACUUUACCUUGCUAGUGACGAGUCUAGAUAUGUGAGUGGUCAUAACCUUAUUGUAGAUGGUGCGGUUACAACGACUAAAAAUUGUGUUAGCUUGUAAGAAAGAUCAAGAUUGACGUACUAAAGAUUUGGAUGUCACAUCUUCAUACUUUGAAUCAAAAUUAAACUUCAAUCGA